AGUAGAAUUUCAGCUUCAAAAUGUUUAAGUUGUUUGCUUUCGUUUUGAUUAUUUUUGCUUCACAAGGAAAUGCAACUGAAGAAAAUGCAUCACUAGUUUCUCAAUGCAUCAUAAAACCUUAUACCGUAGACUGUCCAGCAGUUCCUGCUUGUGGUAAAAACCUUGUUCUUGCUAAACACGUUAAAGACGGGAAAGAAGUUUGUUGUUGUAAAAAUGAAGGAGAUGUCAUACCAUGUGGACCAGAAACAGCUUGUAGACGACAGUGGACUGCCUGGAGACCCGAACCAUAUUGUAAAUGUGAGUUUUACAAUGACAUCGUGGAAGGAUGCCCACGUGGCUUCAAGUGGGAUCUUUGGGAUAGUAGAUGUAUUGCUGAUUGUCCAUCUGGAAAUGCAACUGAAGAAAAUGCAUCACUAGUUUCUCAGUGCAUCAUAAAACCUUAUACCGUGUCAUGGGUAGACUGUCCAGCAGUUCCUGCUUGUGGUAAAAACCUUGUUCUUGCCAAACACGUUAAAGACGGGAAGGAAGUUUGUUGUUGUGAAAGUAAGAAGCUUCUUAGAAAACGUUUUUAUAGUAAUUCUCAUUUUGAUAUUAUGAAGGAGAUGUCAUACCGUGUGGACCAGAAACAGCUUGUAGUCGACAGUGGACUGCCUGGAGACCCGAACCAUAUUGCAGAUGUGAGUUUUACAAUGACAUCGUGGAAGGAUGCCCACGUGGCUUUAAGUGGGAUCUUUUUGAUAAUUUUUCGUUAUCAUCAUAAAGAUGAUGAAGGUGAUCAAUGUAGAGACAUCUUGAAACUAUUUAAGGCAGCUCUCAUGACAUCCUUAAGAGAAGAAGAUAAUUUAUUGUAG